CCGCACUCGGCGCUCGCCCUCCGGCCGGGAAGCAUGGGGUCGCCCGCGCUCGUCCGCGUCCUCCUGGUCGUCGCCGGCUGCUGCUGGCGCGGCGCCUCGGGUGUGCCUGGAGAAGCUGAGCAGCCAGCCCCAGAGCUGGUGGAAGUGGAAGUGGGUGGCACAGCCCUUCUGAGAUGCGGCCCUUCUCCCCAUGCCCUGGGCAACCUCAGCCAGGUGGACUGGUUUUCUGUCCACAAGGAAAAGCAGACAGCCAUCUUCCACGUGCGCCAGGGCCAGGGCCAGAGCGCAGAUGGCGAGUACCAGCAGCGGCUCAGCCUCCAGGGCCCAGGGGCCACUCUGGCCCUGCGGCAAGUGACCCCCCACGACGACCGCAUCUUCCUGUGUCAGAGCAAGAACCCCCGGCUCCAGGAUCACCGCAUCCAGCUCCGUGUCUACAAAGCGCCAGAGGAGCCGACCAUCGAGACCAAUGCGGUGGGCAUCCCUGUGGACAGCAAGGAGCCGGAGGAGGUUGCCACCUGUGUGGGGAGGAACGGGUACCCCAUUCCUCAAGUCAUCUGGUACAAGAACCGUCGCCCCCUGAGGGAGGAGAAGAACCGUGUGCACAUUCAGUCAUCCCAGAUCGUGGAGUCGAACGGCCUGUACACCUUGCGGAGUGUGCUGAAGGCUCAGCUGGUGAAGGAGGACAAAGACGCUCAGUUUUACUGUGAGCUCAGCUACCGGCUGCCCAGUGGGAACCACAUGAAAGAAUCCAAGGAAGUCACUGUCCCUGUGUUCUACCCAGCCGAGAGCGUGUGGAUGGAGGUGGAGCCUGUGGGAGAGCUGAAGGAAGGGGACCACGUGGUGAUCAGGUGCUUGGCUGAUGGCAACCCCCCGCCCCACUUCAACAUCAACAAGCAGAACCCCGGCACCCAGGAGAUGGAGGAAGUGAGAACCCCGGACAAUGGCAUCCUGAUCUUGGACCCCGCCCAGAAGCAGCACAGUGGACUCUACGAGUGCCAGGGCCUAGACUUGGAAACCAUGAUAUCGCUGCCGAGCGCCCCCCAGGAGCUGCUGGUGAACUAUGUGUCGGACGUUCGAGUCAGCCCCGAAGCCCCCGAGGGCCCGGAAGGCAGCAGCCUCGAGCUGACCUGCGAGGCCGACAGUAACAAGGACCUGGAGUUCCAGUGGCUGAGAGCAAAGACGGGCCAGGUGUUGGAGGAGGGCUCUGUGCUCCGGUUUGGCAGCCUGAGGCGGGAGGCGGCCGGCGGCUACCUGUGCGUGGCCUCCGUCCCCAGCGUUCCUGGACUGAACGGCACUCGGCUGGUCACCGUGGCCGUGUUUGGGCCCCCGUGGAUGGCCGUGAAGGAGAGGAAGGUGUGGGUGAAGGAGAACGCGACACUCAAUCUGUCCUGCGAGGCCUCCGGCCAUCCGCAGCCCACCGUCUCCUGGAGCGCCAACGGCACGGCGAGCCAGCGGGAGCUGGACCUGCAGACCGUGCUGAGCACCCUGACUGUCCUUGUGACCCCAGAGCUGUUGGCCACGGGCGUGGAAUGCGCGGCCUCCAACUCCCUGGGGAGGAACGCCACGCUCCUCCUCCUGCAGCCGGUCAGCUUAACCACCCUCCCACCCGACUCCAACACAACCACUGGCCGCAGCACCACCGUGGUCAGUCCUCAUGCCAGAGCCAACAGCACCUCCACAGAGAAGAAGCUGCCGGAGCCCGAGAGCAAGGGCGUGGUGAUCGUGGCGGUGAUCGUGUGCGUUCUGGUGCUGGCCGUGCUGGGCGCCGUCCUCUACUUCUUCUAUAAGAAGGGCAAGCUGCCCUGCGGGCGGUCAGGCAAGCAAGAGAUCACGCUGCCCCCGUCUCGUAAGAGCGAAUUUGUAGUUGAAGUUAAGUCAGAUAAGCUCCCAGAAGAGACGGGCCUUCUACAGGGCAGCAGCGGAGACAAGAGGGCUCCAGGCGACCAGGGAGAGAAGUACAUCGAUCUGAGGCAUUAGCCCGAGGCCUCGCUCCGCGUCCUCCCGGCCCGGAAGGUGUCCCGGAAGGUGUCCGGCUCCCUGCUCACUCUUCUCCUCAGCCAACACCCCCAAAAGGGACCGCAGAGAAAACCCCAGCUCGCCGGAGGAGCCGCCGGCUGGGACCCGCCCCGUGCUGGGAAGGCCUUCCAGGGUCCAGUCCCUCUGCGUCCCCGCGCCAUGACCCCCCCAGCACGGUUCUGGGCGUUUCCUCCUCACACAUGCUAUGGCUGCCAACUCGUGUCCU